GUUUUUUUCUAGGUAAUCUCUAGGAUAUGAUAAGAGUUGCAGUCAGGGGGGGCGGGCACUUGGUGCAGUAUCGAUUGAUCAACACGUACUCAGUAAAUAAAAAUGGCGGGAUGGGUCAUAUCGAGUGUCAUGAUGACGGAAUCGUGGAUUAUGUAGUGGAAUUGUGAGAAUGGACGAGAGCAAACACAGAAUAUGCAUGGUCUCAGACUUUUUCUACCCAAACAUGGGAGGAGUGGAAGAGCACAUCUUCAACCUGUCGCAAUGUUUAAUCGGUCGUGGCCACAAGGUUGUGGUUCUGACCCACUCGUACAACGAUCGAGUCGGUAUUCGUUAUAUGACGAAUGGCCUGAAAGUCUACUACUUACCAAUUACAGUUUUUUACAAUCAGUGUGUACUACCAACAAUGAUAUGCUCCAUCCCACUAAUUCGUUACAUUUUUAUUCGUGAAGAGAUCGAGAUAAUCCAUGGACAUUCGGCAUUCUCAGCCCUAGCACACGAAGGAAUGCUGGUGGGACGACUGAUGGGACUGAAAACUAUUUUCACCGAUCACUCGUUAUUUGGAUUUGCUGAUGCCUCAGCUGUUCUCACUAACAAGUGUCUUGAGAUAUCGUUGGCUGAUUGCAAUCACUGCAUCUGUGUGUCACACACUGGAAAGGAGAACACUGUGUUGAGGGCUAAAGUCAACAGGGAGAGAGUGUCAGUGAUUCCUAAUGCUGUUGACACUGCUUUAUUCACACCUGACGUCACCAAGAGAAAAAAUAAUUGCAUCACUAUUGUCGUUGUGUCGAGAUUGGUCUAUCGAAAGGGUGUCGAUCUUCUUGCGCAGAUUAUUCCGGAGAUCUGUGCGAGGUACGACAAUGUGCAAUUUCUCAUUGGGGGCGAUGGACCCAAACGCUGGCUCAUUGAGGAGAUCAGGGAGAGAAAUUUACUCCAGCAUCGAGUCACCCUGCUGGGCAGUUUGGAGCACUCGCAAGUGAGGCAUGUACUUAAUAAGGGACAUAUUUUCUUGAAUACUAGUCUCACUGAGGCUUACUGCAUGGCUAUUGUCGAGGCUGCAUCGUGUGGAUUGCAGGUGGUCUCUACCAGGGUAGGAGGAAUUCCAGAAGUUCUGCCACCUGAACUGAUCUAUCUUGUUGAACCCACUGUUGAUGCACUCUUGUCAGGACUAGAAAGGGCCAUUGCUGAUUAUACGAGUGGAAAUAUCAUCUGUCCAUUGGAAGUGCACAAAAAAAUUAUCUCGUUCUAUAAUUGGUACGAUGUCACAAGGAGAACUCAAAUUGUUUACGAUGCUGUUCGAAGAGAGGACCAGAAAACUCUGGGACACCAAUUAGCCAGUUAUUUGUCCAGUGGAGUACUUCCUUAUUUACUUGUGGUGUCUCUUUGUUAUAUUGUCCUACAGUUUUUGGAGUUCUUCGUGCCUAGAAAGUACAUUGACAUUGCCAAAGAUUACAAUUAUUCAAACUCCCAUGUGAAGCCAAAGGACGAGAAAUCUAAGACGAAAACGUAGUACAAUUGUAAAGAGUGUCUUCUCCGCAGCUGAAUGAAAGUAAUAAGUACUAGAUAAGUCGAGCAUGUGUCGUGCUUAUCAUCCUUGCCAUUCUAAACCAACUGAUAGGAGGUUAGGUGAAUCGAGAAUCGGCCAAAUUUAGAUAAAUAUUAUGUUAUUAGUGUGGGAGGCGAAAAGGUCCAUCACUUGAGAGUUCUUGUACAUAAAAAUUUGUUAUGUCUUCGAAUAUUCUAUGAGUAACAGAAACCAAGCAAUGAGACAAUACUAGCAGUCCCUUGAGUGGACACUUUCCAAGAGAAUCAGCAUAGAUUUAUCACUAUUGUCUUCGUUACCUGAGUUAGAUAGCAAUUAAUAGAACGGGAUAAUUGAAGAAGAGUCAGUAUUUAGUUUAGGAAUUAAACAAUUUUUUUGGAGUAUUAAAAAUUCAGUUGUGAUUCCAGUGAAAUUCUGUCGGAAAUUCUAUUUUUUUUCCUCAGCUGUUGUUUCACGUUUCUAGAAAAUUUACAAUAUUACUAUUUUUUUAAUAGAAAAAAUUUUUCGUGAACUUGAAGAAUUGAGUAUUUUGAAUUUCCACGUUGAAAUAAUCAAAAACGUUUGGAGUUUCUUUGAGAGGAAUUCCAGCAGAAUUGGAUAGAGCAAUAAAAUCUAAUCAAUUAUGUUCUACGAAAUUGAUUUUUCGUCAAAUUUUUCCGUUACAAAUCUUGUCCAUAACUUUAAAUCACAAAUCAUUGCCGGAGAGUAUUAAUACUGGUGUCUUUUAUUUACAGAAACAAAUUUCACAAUGAAAAAUAAUAUAAAAUAACCAGAGAAUGUACUUUGAUAGAUUUUGCAUUAAAAAAAGAUUAUGUCUAUGGAAUAUUCACGACAAUAUUGUUGUAUUACAUUCCGAU